AUGGGUGCUGGACAGUCGUCAACGAGCGGCGCUCAGGAAGCCGCGCCCGAGGCACAGAAGACGGGCUACUACACCCUCCUCGGUAUCGAGCGCGAUGCCACCGAGGACGAGAUCAAGAAGGCCUACCGUCGCAAGGCUCUCGAGCUACACCCUGACCGCAACUAUGGAAACGUCGAAUCUGCCACCGCCUUGUUCGCCGAAGUCCAAUCCGCCUACGAAGUCCUUUCAGACCCACAAGAACGAGCUUGGUACGAUUCACACGAGACUCAGAUCUUGCGAGGAGAUGAUCCAACCACUGGAGGCUCUGGUGGUGGCGAGUACGAAUAUGGCAACGUGAAGAUGACAAGUGCCGAAGACCUGGCUCGCAUGCUUCGAAAGUUCAACAGCGGCGUCGAGUUCACCGAUGCUCCCUCAGGCUUCUUCGGCUACCUUCGCGAGACUUUUGACCAGCUGGCUAAAGAAGAGGAGGCUGCUGCUCACUGGGAGGGGCUUGAUCUGCCUGACUAUCCCUCCUUCGGCCACAAAGAUGACCCAUACGACGAUGUGCCCAAGUCCUUUUACGCCGUUUGGUUGUCCUUCAGUACCCGCAAGUCUUUCGCCUGGUGCGACAAGUACCGCUUGUCCGAGGCGCCCGACCGUCGCUAUCGCAGGCUGAUGGAGAAAGAGAACCAACGCUUCCGAGAGCAGGGUGUCCGCGAGUUCAACGAGUCCGUUCGCGCCCUCGUCGCUUUUGUUCGCAAGCGAGAUCCUCGGUACAUUCCCAACACUCAAACAGAGGCCGAGCGACAAAAGGUGCUCCGAGAUGCUGCUGCUGCUCAAGCUGCAAGAGCAAGAGCUGCCAAUCAGGUCAACACAGAGGACUCUGCCAUUCCUGAAUGGGCACAAACAAUCACAAAAGAUGAGCAUGAAGGCGUCAUUGGAGAGAGCGAAUCAGAGGUCGAGGAAGUCUUUGAAUGUGUCGCAUGCAAGAAGACUUUCAAGAGCGAAAAGCAAUGGGAUGCGCAUGAGAAGAGCAAGAAACAUCAGAAGGCUGUUCAAGCACUGAGGAAGAAGAUGCAGAAAGAGAACGCGAACUUGAAUCUGGAGAGCGAGCCAACAAGCGGAGAUGCCACACCACUCGAUCUCGAAGACUACGAACGCCUACCCGAGGAUCAAUAUCCUAUGAUGGAAGAUGAGCCUUUGCAAGUGGACGACUAUCCGGUCAUUGACGACGAAACUGCAGCGAACAUGAACAACCUCACGCUACAUGAUGAUGUGUCUGAGUCUGGAGACGACGAAAUUACACAAUCAGUCAAGACUAUGGAGGCCAGCGAAAACCCACCAGAGGAGACUGCAGACACGAUUGACUCCUCGGACGAUGAAUACGCCCCUGCAUCGCAAGUAAAAGCUCGCCUUGGUCAGGACCCUCCCUCGAAGCCAGAUAUUGCAUCGACCAUCGGGGACUCCGAUUCAGACACGACACCUGUACAAGCACCAAAGAAGGGCAAAGCUGCUCAGAAGAGAGCAAAGAAGGCCGCUGCCGCUGCAGCUGUCUCCGCGGAGCAAGAAGAGAACAAGUUCACAUGUGCAACGUGCGACGCCAUGUUCCCUUCUAAAACUAGACUGCACCAGCACAUCAAGGACUUCAAACAUGCUGCUCUCAAGAACGUCGCUUCUGUUGGCGGUACGAAAGGCAAGAAAAGCAAGAGAUAG